CCAAAAUGGCGUCGAAAGUGGGUUCGAGACGGUGGAUGCUGCAGCUAAUCAUGCAGUUGGGUUCAGUGCUACUCACACGUUGCCCCUUCUGGGGCUGCUUCAGUCAGCUCAUGCUGUAUGCUGAGAGGGCGGAGGCGCGGCGGAAGCCUGACAUCCCAGUGCCCUACCUCUACUUCGACAUGGGGGCUGCCGUGUUGUGCGCUAGUUUCAUGUCCUUCGGGGUGAAGCGGCGUUGGUUUGCGCUGGGGGCCGCACUCCAGCUGGCCAUUAGCACCUACGCCGCCUACAUUGGGGGCCAUGUCCACUACGGGGAUUGGCUGAAGGUCCGGAUGUACUCGCGCACAGUUGCCAUCAUUGGUGGCUUUCUGGUGCUGGCCAGUGGUGCUGGAGAGCUGUACCGCCAGAAACCCCGCAGCCGCUCCCUGCAGUCCACUGGCCAGGUGUUCCUGGGCAUCUACCUCAUCUGCGUGGCCUACUCACUGCAGCACAGCAUGGAGGACCGGCUGGCAUAUCUGAACCACCUGCCAGGAGGGGAGCUGAUGGUUCAGCUGUUCUUCGUGCUGUAUGGCGUCCUGGCCCUGGCCUUCCUGUCAGGCUAUUAUGUGACCCUGGCUGCCCAGAUCCUGGCUGUGCUGCUGCCUCCAGUCAUGCUCCUCAUCGAUGGCAAUGUUGCCUACUGGCACAACACACGACGCGUCGAGUUCUGGAACCAGAUGAAGCUCAUUGGAGAGAGUGUGGGCAUCUUCGGGGCUGCUGUCAUCCUGGCCACUGACGGCUGA